AUGGCAGCAUAUGAAUAUCUUCUCCUCUGUUCUCUCCUGUGGACUUUCUCCCCAGCAGAAGGAAAAGAACUGACCAUCACCUGCCUGAGCUCGGAGGAAUGCGUGCUGCCGUGUCAGUUUCAGUCUGACGGUAAAGGCGCGAGGAUCAUGUGGUACAAGAGGAAGGCCGUGGUGAGCUGCACGCGCUACGGAGACACCAGCUUCGUGGUCGGACACAACUCUCCUGCAGACAAGUACAAAGACAGGACGGGCCUGUUCGUGGACCAGGUCCUGGAGGGAAACGCCACGCUGCUGCUGAGGAACGUCACGCCGCACGACCAGGGGAAAUACUUCUGCAUCACCAUGACGGCGCCGCGGACCGACGAGUCCGGGAUCAUCUCUCUGGUGCUGAAAGCUCCGGUGCGGGAGGUUGACGUGGAGCUGGUCGGUGACUCGGUCUCCUGCAGAGCUGAAGGAAUCUUCCCGGCUCCGACUGUCUCCUGGUCCACGGAUCCUCCCACCGACCCUCGACUCCUGCACAACAAAACACACACACAGAAAAACCAACUCGGCUUCUACAACGUCCAGAGUUCACUCACGCUGGCGGGAAACAACGCCACAAAUCUGACGUACAUUUGCUGCGUUUCCUGCGACUCAAACAGUAAAACAGCUUUCAUAAAACACGAAGCGUCUGUCUCGGUCUCUCUGGGCGACACUGUGAUGGUUUCCUGCAGUCUGCCUCACGCCGCGCCUCGCAGCUUUAACCUCACCUGGAGGCUGAGAGGACGGGACAGGAGCGUCCCCAUCCUCUCCAUCUCCAGGUCCCAGCUGAAGGUCUGGGACCAGUGGCAGCCUCACGUCUACAACAACCUCUCCGCGUGGAGACACCUGCACCUGUACGGCCUGAAGCCGGAGCACCAGGGAAGCUACACCUGUGAGGUCAGCACACCUGAAGGAACAUACGUCACCUGGACGGACGUCACAGUUACUGAAGACUAUUCAGGGUACAUCUAUGCCAUCGUCAUCGCUGGACUCAUUUAUUUGCUGAUUCUUUCAUAUGCAGCGCUGGCGUUAGCCGGCUUUUACAUCAAACAGCUGAGGAGAGCCGCACGAGAGAAGGAAGAAGGAACCUCGGAGGCUUUGAACGUCGAGGUGAACGCCGAGUCAGUCGAGGAGGAAGACGCAGAAGAUUAA